GAAGCACCUAAACCAUCGAUUAGUAAAUUAGCUAGUAUGUUUAAUAAACCAGCAGCAGAAACAGUACCACAAAAAGCUACACCAAAUUUUAAAAUACCAGCAAAAAAACCAUUAGCACAAACAACAGCACCAACAAAUGCAGCAGGUUCAACAACAACAGAAUCAGCAAAUAAUAGAAUAGAGCAAAUUAAAUCGACAUCUACUAAUAUAGCAGGAGCAGGUUCUUCAUCACCAUCAUCACCAUCACCUUCAACAUCAUCACCAAUUAUAAAUUCUACACAACAACCAAUUAAAAGUAAUAUAUCACCUAUUUCGAGUCUUAAAACUUCACCAAUAUUAAAGUCAGCUGCUAAUAGUUCAGAGCCAUCAACACCAUCUUUUAAAGCUGGUAACCGUGCAUUUCCAUUAAAACCAGCUGCAUCAUCAGCUCCAAAUACACCAGCAUUUAAAGGUGCAGCAGGUCUUAAAAAAUCACCAUCAAACAGUGAAAGUAUCUCAUUAUCAUCACCAACCACAACCCCAACUACACAAUCACCAAAUACACAAUCACCAACUUUAGCACCAACCAAAGAAAAUAAUACAACAAAUGAAACCACACCAAUAUCAUCAAGCAAUACUACACCAACUAUUUCACCUAUUUCAGUUAGACCACAAACAUUAGUUUAUGUAUUACCACCACUUGAUUCAAAAGAAGAACCAAAGGAACCAAUUAAAACACCACAACCAGCACAACCUAUUAAAAAAUUACAACCACAAAUUAAAAAAGAAGAAACAUCAAAACCAAUUAAUAAUGAACUUUUAAAUAAUAAUGUUUCAAAAUUAUCUAGUGAAACCAUCCAAAAAGAAAAAAGAGGUGAAUUUGUAAGAGUUUUAUCCAACAUAAAAGGUGAUUUUAGUUCAUUAACAGUACAACGUGGUGAUAUUUUAGAAAUUAAAGAAAAGGGCGAAAAAGAUACCUAUUUUGGUUCAAAUGGUUUUAAAAGUGGCUCAUUCUCAAUUUCAAAUACCAAACUACUAUAUCCAAAGAGUCAUGAUCCACCAGCAGAUUCUCAAAAAGUUGUUGCCAUCAAAGAUAUUAGAACUAGUAAUAACUAUACUGUAAUUAGGGGUGAUGUUUUAUCAAUAUUAGAAAAGAAAUCUGACAAAGUUUAUUCUGGUCGUGUCAAAGUAGGUUUGGAUGGAUGGGGUGAAAUGGUAGAUUUCCCAGCAGAUUCAGUACGUAAUAUUAAUGAUAAGGAAUAUCAAUUAUUUAGUGAUCUUUUAGAUGUAGUCAUCGAAGUUUCAGAACAGCUCAUGGAUCCAGAAUCAUUUUCAACUUCAUCUCCACGUUCAAAUAGUACAACAAGUAAAAUAUCAGAAAAACAAAUUGAAAAGAAUCAAUUGGUCCUUAGAGAUAGAGUAAAGAGUGUUCAAACUGUUAGAGAAAAAAUAUUAAACUCUGAAAAUUCUGACCCAGCUCUUCAUGCUACUCUCAGAAAAGAAAUCGAAAUUACUAGAGCCUUUUUAUCAAACGAAUUUUAUAUUGUUGAUGACAAUGGUGAAAUUUUAACUCACGACAACGAAUCACCAAUGAAACUAUUAAAGUAUCAUUAUCAAAUGUACGAAAAGAAAAAAGAUACAUCAUCUGGUUCAUCUUCAUCAGUAUCAACUGGUUCAGCAGCAUCAUCAUCAUCAAAAUCAUCUUUAACAUUAGCAUCACAAACUGGUAAUCAAAGCUCCAGUGGAAAUUUACAUUCAUCUAGUGUUUUAUCUCAAUCUAUUAAUUCAUCUUCAUCAGCAUCAAACUCAACAUCGACAUCAAACUCUCAAGAUGGUAUUCAUAAGAAACAAUGGGACUAUGGUCAAAUUCUUUGCGAUAUUAAAUUAAAUAAAUGUACAUUACCAGCUAAAAAGAAUUACGAAUUUUAUUUCUCAUUAUACAAUUUCUCGCAAUCAAGAUAUAUUACUGAACAAGUCAAAGCUGAAUGGGAUACAGUUGCAAAUCAAAAUGCAUCAUUUAGAUUCUUACUUAAAAAUAUAGAACCAUCUGAUAUCACCGAGGAUAUUUGUUUCCUAUGUAAAGUUGUUCGUAAAGGUCCAUUCAAGGAUGUAGAUGAAAAUAAGGAUCUUAAAAAAGGUACAAACACUGAUUUUAGAAGACCAUUUGCAUUUGCAUGUAUUUCUGCUCCAAAUUUAUUAGUUGAAAAUCAAAUCGGUUUAGAAAGAACCUCAAAUUUACAAUUUUAUUCAACAAACUCAACUGAUAUUUCAAUUUCUCAAAUACCAGAUUUUAUUAUGAAAAAUUCAGAUGAUGAAAUUAAAAAACAUUUAGAUUUAGUACCAAAAGCAACAUCAGGUUUACCACAAUCAAUAUUACCAAUUUCAUUAAGUUUUUAUGAUCAAACAUUUGAUAGUUUUUCAAGUAAAUUCCCUCAAUAUAAUCAAUUAACCAAAGUAGAAAAAUUAGAACACAAAAUUGUAUUCUCUGAAAAGAUUCACAAAUUUUAUAUGACAUUAGAUAGCGGUAAAUUUGCCCAAGGUAAAAAAAUGGAAGUUAUAAUCAAGGUACGUUUGGAAGAUGGUGAAUACUUGGAGAACUGUAUUUCAUUAGGAAGCGGUUCUAAUUAUGUUUCAGAAAUUCAUACAACUACAGUUCUCUUAAAUAAUGGUACCAGCAUUUGGAAUGAAUCUAUUCAUUUUAAUAUUCCUGAAAAGCAUUUCCCAAAAGCACAUAUUUUAUUCUUUGUUAAAAACCGUUCAAACACCUCAUCAAAGGAAAAGAAUUCUUUAGUUGGUUUCUCUUGUAUCAAAUUGGGUAAUGAGGACUCUACUGUAAUCUCUAAUGGUGACCAUGUCUUACAAAUGUUUAAAUUAACAUCAAUUGAUCAAAUUCCACCUAUUUCAAGCUAUAUUGAUUUUAACUCAAAUAAUAGUAGCUCAAAUAACUCUGCAAACUCAUCCAACUCAUCUCCACAAACUGGUGAUAAGAAAGAAAAAGAUAAACACUCAAUCAUUAAAAAGAAUGAAACAUUAAAAAUCAAAUCUUUACUUCACUCAAGCGAUUUUAUUCAACACCAAUCCGUCAUUCAGCUUCUCAAUUGGAGAAAUAAUAAGAAUAUCAUCUCGAUUUUCGACAGAUUUAAAUUUGUUGAUCCAAUUCAAAUUAUGAGAAAUCUUAACAAAAUUUUAGACAGUUUAUUAUCUAUUUUCGAUUUAUUCUCAAAUACUUCAUCAGAUAACCCCAAGGCUCCAAAUGAAAAUACUUUAAUGGUUUACAAUACUCUUGUUUUUGUUAUGGGCUUAUUGACCGAUGAAAGAACCAAUCGUUUCAAACAUUUUAAAAGUGAAAUGGACCAUUAUAUUGUAGAACAAUUCUCAAUCGCAAAUACACACAAACAUCUUUUAAGAUGUAUUUCAAAUUCUAUCAAAGAUAUAUCAAGUAAAGAAACCGCUAAAAUGUCAAAUACACUCAAAACUUUAGAAUUUAUGUUUAGAAUUAUUACUAAAUCACGUUUGGUUUACACUAGAGAAAAAGGUUCCUCACCAGAAGAAGAAUCACAAUGGAAAGAUGACCUUAGAGAGUUCUUAGGUUUAUUAAACAAAUUAAUGUCAAAUAGUAAUCAAACUCUUUUAAUUGUUCCACAAACAUUUGCUAUUAAAAACUUUGCGGUUAUUAUGAAAGGUUUAGGUAACUUUUUCACCCACACCGAGCUCUGUAUUAUUUUAUCAGACUUUAUGGAAACUGUUUAUUAUAGUGAUAAAAAUUUCUACCAAUUAAAACUUACUGUUUACCACAAGAUUCUUUCAACCCAGCUACCAAUUGGUCCAGAUACUUAUCAACACUUAUUACCAGCAUUGGUUUCAACUAUCGAUCAGCAUUUAAAUAAGGGUGAGGAGUUAAGACUUGCAAACCAAUUGCUUGCUUUGCUUUUAGAAUCGAUUCAAUCAUUAGAAGAUGUUCAAGAUAGAAACAAAGCUUUAAAUAUUGUUGCCAUUAUAUUUAGUAAAAUGUUUUCUCUAGUAGAUACCUGCUUAUCAAAUUUAGUAAAUGAAAUUCUUUUUGGUGGUGGCUCUUCUAUUAAUAUUAAUACCGAAAAUACCUUUUUAGUUUCAAAUUUCUACACCACUAUUCAUUAUUUCUUAAAGCAUGAUGGUGGUUACAAAUAUUCAAACCUUUUAGAGAAAUAUAUGGAAGAAACAUUAAAAGAAGAAAAGAACAUCAAAGUAUUUAUUAAAAAAUUAUUAAAAAUAUUGGAAGGUUUCCUUAGCAAACUUGUUUACUCACUUAAAUGGCCAACACUCAAUCUUUUCCAAUACCAAGUUACCAUUUCAACACUUGAAACCAUUGAACCAUAUUGCAUCAAAUACUUUAGCGAUUCAAAUGAUUGGGCAUUAUUAUUUAAUGUUAAAUUUGCAUUUUUAAAUACACCAACAUUGAAAUUAAGCGAAAAUAGAAUUAAUAGACUAAACUACAUCAAGACCGAAUUGGAUAGUAUUCGUAUCAAUAUAUUAAAUUCAAUUUCCUCAACAUGGGACUAUGUCAAUAAAAUGCAAAUUCAAAACCAGCUUUAUCAAAAUAUAGUUGUUCAUUUAUUAUACUCACUAUUAAAUGGUAAUAAUCAAGUUAAUGAAUUUGCUCAAAACUUUUUCUAUUUAAUUAUGAAGAAUGAAUUUAAUGAAAACAAAUCAUUAAAGAAGGUCGAAAGCAAAACUAUUGAAGUUUUAGAUAAAAUUACAAUUAGAGAAAGAAUUUGUGACGAAGAAAUCUUUAAAAACUUUUUAAUGAAACGUUUAACCAACUCCAUCGAUAGUGACCAUUGUUCAUUUAAUAAAGAGGCCAAAUCUUUCAUUUCAAAUAUUAUUCAAUUACUUUCAUUACUUUUCGAAUUUAGAACAUUGCCCACCGAUCGUGCCUUUGAAGAAGAAAGAACCAUUGCAACACUUAAAAUGAUGGAAUACUUUAAAGAUAGAAAAGAUACUUAUAUUAAAUAUCUUUACGAGUUAUUAAAUCAACAUUUAACCAAUGGAUACUUUACAGAAGCAGGUUUUACUUUACUUUUACAUUCAGAUCUUUACGAGUGGAAUAGCGAACAAAUUAUACCAAUCUAUAAUUUAAAUUUGGCUGGUAACAACCAACCAAUUAUGAUGCCACAAGAAACAGCCACCGAACGUAAAGUACGUUUAAUGAAAUUGGCAAUUCAAUAUUUAGAUAAAGGUCAAGUAUGGGAAAGAUGUAUUACUUUGUUACAAGAUUUAAAACAACAUUAUGAAGAAACAUUUAAUUACAAAGGUUUAUCAGAAGCAUGUUUACAAGAAGCCGAAUUUUAUGAAAAGAUUUUAAAUACAGAACGUUUCUUCUCUGAAUACUUUAGAGUAGGUUAUUAUGGCAAGAAAUUCCCAGUUUCUAUUCAAGGUAAAGAGUUCCUUUAUAAAGGUUUCGAAUUAGAAAGAUUACCAGAUUUUACACAAAGAAUUCUAUCCAAAUUCCCUGAUGCAGAGUUAUUAAAGACAACUAGUGAACCAACAGUCGAAAUUCAAAACUCUGAUGGCCAAUACCUUUUAAUUACUAUUGUUAACCCAUCAAACCAAGAGGAGGUAGAAAAGAGACAGAAACAAAUUAUUUUAGGUACACCAAACAAUUCUAAAAACUAUAUCAAAAGAAAUGAUGUCAAUGUUUUCGUUUAUUCAAAACCAUUCGAAAAAGCUUCAGGUGCAGUUUUAACAAGUAAUAAUAAGUUUGGUGAUCUUUGGAUUAAAAAUCAUUUCUUAUUUACACAUUCUAGCUUCCCAACUAUUCAUCGUCGUGCUGAGGUUAUAAAGAAACAAGUUGUUGACCUCUCACCAAUCGAAAAUGCUAUAAAUUCAGUUUUCACCAAAAAUGAAGAACUUGAUGAAAUGGUCAAGAAAUAUGAAAAGAAUCCACAAUUAAACUUAAAUCCUUUAGCUAUGGCAUUAAAUGGUAUGAUUGAUGCUGCUGUUAAUGGUGGUAUUAGUCUUUAUAAAGAAGCCUUUUAUCAAGUUGCAGAGGCAUAUCGUCCACAAAAACAAUUCCUUUCAAAAUUAUCAUCUGAACUUACAAGACAAUCAAAUAUCUUGGAAUGCGGUCUUCAAAUUCAUUCAAAGAGAUGUCCAGAUGAAUUACGUGGUUUACAUGAAAAAUUAGAAUCAUUCUUCCCAAAACUUCAAAGUGAAAUAGAAUCAAUCCAAAAAUUAAUUUAA